GGAGUGGUCUGCUUUCUUUGUCUCACUUUCUUCUUUCUCUUCUUGUACGAUUCCUUCUCUGAGUCCCACCCCUCCUCACUGUUAGAAAGAAGACCUAUUUGCUGGUCAUAAUCAUCCAAGACAGCAACAUCAGGCAAGGAUCUAUUCUCUAGAAAACAGCAUUUGUCCUUCACUGCAUCCCCUGCAUUUACCAAGACAGAGCAAACCAUGUUCUUCAGAUUGUGGUGGUUUUUAUUUCUAAUGGACCACCAUGCUUUUGUGGCACAAAACACCAAUGAAGAAAAGAGAAGUGGAGUAAGAAAACACAAACCAAAGCCUUUCUUGUCAAAUGCAGUAGAAAAAUAUCCAAGUUCAAGUGACCAAGAUGAAGACUGUAUUCUGGAAAUGGCUUUCCUCCUGGACAGUUCAGAGAGUGCCAAGAAUUUCAACCAUGAACAGCAGAAAAAGUUUGUUUUGGAAACAGUGAAUAGAAUGAAUGGACUGCAACUCAGCUCCAAUCGCCAUCUGAGCUGGAGGAUUGCUCUGAUUCAAUAUAGCAGCACUGUUCUCAUAGAGCAAACAUUCAAAGAUUGGAAGGGCCCGGAUGCUUUUAAGUCCCGUAUUGCUCCCAUAACCUACAUUGGCCAUGGCACCUACACCACUUAUGCCAUCACCAAUCUCACACAGCUGUAUAUGACUGAAGGAACGCAUGGUAGUGUUAAAGUAGCUAUCCUUUUGACUGAUGGUGUGGACCAUCCAAGGAACCCUGAUAUUUUCUCAGCUACAGCUGAUGCUAAGCAUCAAGGUAUUGUGUUCUUCACAGUGGGAAUGACCAGAGUGGCUGAGGAGGUGGCCAACGCUGCCAAGCUCCGGCUCCUAGCCAGUGUUCCAGCAUCCAGGUUUGUCUUCAAUCUGCAGGAGACAGGAGUUGCGGAGAAAAUUCUCAAAGAAAUGAAAGUUCUGGUAGAAGAAGGGUGUCCCCAGCCUCCAAUAUGUAACUGUGAAAAAGGAGAAAGGGGUCUUCCUGGCCCUGCUGGUAAAAAGGGCCGUCCUGGUGAUGAUGGAGCUUCUGGACCAAAAGGAGUAAAGGGAGAAUCAGGUCUAAAUGGAAUUCCAGGAAGAGAUGGAAUUGAGGGAAAGUCUGGAUACAAAGGAGAAAAGGGUGAAAGAGGUGAAUGCGGAACUCCAGGAAUAAAAGGUGACAGAGGUCCAGAAGGUCCGGGUGGACCAAGAGGUCUCCGAGGUUUGCAGGGUCCCCAAGGUCUGCCUGGAGAUCAAGGGCCUGAAGGAGUGCAGGGAUCAAAGGGUGAAAGAGGCCUGCCUGGUCCUCCUGGAUUGACUGGAGAAACUGGAAUAGGAUUGCCUGGCCCAAAGGGUGACAUUGGUUUGACAGGAAGACCAGGUCCUGUUGGUCCACCAGGAGUUGGAGAACCAGGUUUACCGGGACCUCAAGGACCACAAGGUAUUCAAGGAGAAAGAGGUUCACUGGGUGAAGGGCUUCCAGGACCAAAAGGAGAUCGGGGCUUUGAUGGUCCCAAGGGACCCCGGGGACAACCAGGCAUAGGCAUCAAGGGUGAAAAGGGUGAAAUUGGUCCCCCUGGUUUGCCUGGACCUAUUGGAUUACCUGGGAUUGGAAUUCAAGGGGAAAAGGGAGUAGAAGGCCCCAAAGGACCACCAGGGCCAAGAGGACCAGCGGGACAAGGAGUACCUGGACCAAAAGGUGAUCAAGGCUUGCCUGGUGAGACUGGAGGCCCUGGAGAAAGAGGUCUUGGAGAACCUGGUGCAAAGGGGGAACCCGGUUCUUCAGGACUGGCAGGAUUGCCUGGCCUUCCAGGAGAAGAUGGAGCACCUGGACAAAAGGGAGAGCCAGGUUUACCUGGGCUCCGUGGUCCAGAAGGUGCACCAGGGAUUGGAAUACAGGGUGAAAAGGGUGAUCAAGGCCAAAGAGGUAUACGUGGGUUAUCGGGACCAACUGGAAUACCUGGACCAGCAGGGGCUAAGGGUGAACCUGGUGUGCCAGGCCGCCUCGGAAUGCCAGGUCUACCAGGACGAGCCAUUACGGGACCCAAGGGUGAUAUUGGAUUGCCUGGACCGCCUGGACCAAUUGGGGAACAAGGCAUAGGCAUUCCAGGGCCUAAGGGUGACCGUGGACAACCAGGACCACUGGGACCAUUUGGACCUAAAGGAGAUGGACAUCCAGGCCCACCUGGUCUUCCGGGUCUUCCAGGAGUGCCUGGGGAGCAAGGCCCUGAAGGGAUUGGAUUACCUGGACCAAAGGGUGAUCCAGGUGUCAGAGGACCAGCUGGUCUCCCAGGACCCCCUGGGGAAGGCCUUCCAGGACCCAAAGGCAAUAUUGGGAGGCAAGGACCACCUGGAGCCUUGGGACCCCCAGGUGAAGGUAUCCAAGGACCAAAGGGUGAGCAGGGAAUUCAAGGAAUGCCAGGACCCCGAGGGCCUCCAGGAGAAGGGCUUCUUGGACCAAAGGGUGACCGUGGAUCUGCAGGGGAAAGAGGAAGAAAAGGCGAGAAAGGAAACACGGGUGAUCCUGGUUCAACUGGAGAUCCUGGAAAAACUGGACCAAAGGGAGAUCAAGGCCUUACAAGAGAAGAUAUCAUUAAAUUAAUUAAGGAGAUUUGCGGCUGCGGCAUUAAAUGCAAGGAGAUACCUAUGGAGCUUGUGUUUGUGAUUGACAGUUCUGAAAGUGUUGGCCCAGAAAAUUUUGAAAUAAUCAAAGACUUUGUUACUGCUCUAGUAGACCGAGUAACUGUAGGGAGAAAUGCCACCCGAAUUGGGCUAGUCCUCUACAGUCUGGAGGUUCGACUUGAAUUUGGGCUUAACAGGUAUACAACUCAGCAGGAUGUAAAACAAGCUAUCAGAAAAAUGUUAUAUAUGGGAGAAGGCACUUACACAGGAACCGCCAUCCGCAAAGCAACCCAGGAAGGAUUUUUUGGGGCUCGGACUGGCGUGAGGAAGGUUGCCAUAGUCCUCACCGAUGGCCAAGCAGAUAAGAGGGAAGCUGUUAAACUGGAUAUUGCUGUUCGAGAAGCUCAUGCAGCCAAUAUUGAAAUGUAUGCCAUUGGAAUUGUAAACACUUCAGACCCAACACAAGUUGAAUUUUUGCGUGAACUGAAUCUCAUUGCAUCUGACCCUGACAGAGAACAUAUGUACCUCAUUGAUGAUUUUAAUACUCUUCCAGCAUUGGAAUCCAAACUAGUUAACCAGUUUUGUGAAGAUGAACAUGGUGCCUUAAUAUAUAACCGAGUUGGAAAUGGAGGAAACAUGAAUGGGCCAUCUAUUCACUCAGUCUCGUCUCGUUCUUCCCAAUACAUUCUACAUACUAACAAUCAUAAUGGAUAUGCAGUAUGGUCAAAUGGAUAUGAAACAUCUAUGAAAGAGAAUUCCAUAAAUCCUGGCCAGCCUUCUCAAACAUCAAUUCCGGACAAAGAAUCGCCUGGGAUAAUUAAUGAGAACUAUGAAGUGGGAUCAGAUGGAGAAAAUCUCCCAUUCUUGUCUCCAAUUAAUAGCAAAGUAGUUACAUCAGCAAUGCCAUUGUCUUCAACAUCUUCGCCGCCACCACCUUUGCCAUCUCUAACAAUAGAAAAGAUGCUUUCACCAUCUCAUUUAUCAACUUCUUCCACGGCACCUACGCAAAAGCCAGGUCAUUCCAUAGAUCCAGAAAAUAUCUUGAGUCCUCCACAGUGUAAGUUAAGAUUAGAUCAAGGAUCAUGCCGUGUUUAUAUAAUAAAAUGGUAUUAUGACAAGCAAGCCAAUUCCUGUGCUCAGUUUUGGUAUGGUGGCUGUGAUGGAAAUGAGAAUCGUUUUGAAACUGAAGAAGAAUGCAAAAAGACCUGUGUAUUUUUCUCUGGAGGUGUCUGAAGGAUAUUAACAGAAAUACCUAUCAGCCUGAAUUCCACAGGACUCCUUUUG